AUGAUAUCGCAGACAUGGAACGUUGCUCAAGCCAAGGCCGUCACCAACAUAUUUUGGGUUAUUCUUGCUGGCGGACUGGUCUCAUGGGUUGUUAUUCUGCUUGUCCGAAGAGCGCCCAAAAGUGAAGCACACGUGGAAUCGGUGCCAAAGUCCGAGCCCCUGUUCCAGACACCGGCACCAAAGCCCCUCGAUCUUAGCGAAAAGGAUCUCAAUGCACCCAUACUAUACAGGCCCUGCAAACAUGGGCCCAAUUUCAUCACCAUGGGCCUCAGGAAAGUCGAGUGGGAUGAUCUGAUUGAGAUGGAUUCCAACUUCAUGGAAUAUCACGACAUCAAGGCGCAAGAGUUGAAGAAGGACUUCAAGAGUCAUGUCCAAUACCUCGACAACCCAAAUGUCCGAGACGCCUGCUGCGAGACGUACGAAGAAAUAGCUAUGUACCUCACUCACCGGUACCCACGAGUCUUCAAGCUCGAAGGCGACUAUGUCCGUAAUGUGGCAACAGGAGAACAGUUCCCUUUCCCUGAGACUGAUGCAGCAAAAGCUUUGGCACAUGCUGCUUUGAUGGUCCAGGAUGAUCUCAUAUUGAUGGUCGAGGAGGAAGAUGGACAAUAUCAUCUGGACGCUGGUGCUGUCUGUCUGCCAGGAUUCUGGCGACUACAUGAAAAGUAUCGCAUGUCUCUGGACACUCUGCAUAUCGAAGCAGGCGUUCCUCAUUACGAAGAGAAGCUCAUGAAAUCCAUGAAUCGAUACUUCAAGACAAUGACUGUGGACAAGCCGAUCACCCGCAACAAUUUUUUCAUUCAAUUAGAUGAUGGCCUCCACUGGUCCCAUCGUAUGGGCGAUCAGGACGGAAGUGAAGUCGCAUCCUGGGAACGGUCUGAUAGCACCAACCUUCAUGUGGAAGAGGUUCAUUUCCGCUCCGAACGCCAAACCCUGCGACGUCUACCUCGAUCAAAAUCCCUCUUGUUCACUGUCCGAACAUACUUCGAACCGAUCACCGUCAUUGCUCAAGAACCUCAUAUUCCAGGUCGUCUGGCUGAGGCAAUUCGCAGCUGGGACGACACCGUUUCGAAAUAUAAGGGAAAGAAACACUGGGAACACAUCCUCUUACCUUACCUCGACGAACAACACCGUCUGCAGGUGGAAAACGGAGUCAUGGAGACCAAAGAAGAAGGUGCAUUCCCCUUCUGA